AUCGAGCGCAACGAGAAAAUAUCCCAAGUCUACAUUCUAUAAUCAAUCAGGGACAGUGUACGAUUACUUAGUAUCGUACAUCUGCGCGUGCAAGGAACUCAAAUAUCGGCCUCAACAGCGAUAUUCAGUACAUACCCGAUUCACCAAAUAUGGCGCAGCCGCCUCAAGCAGAUGGAGCCCCGCUGCCGUCAGCAGCUAUGCCACCGGCAAUGGCAGAGAUCAAGUCACAAAGUGUAGACGAAUUGAUCAAGGAGAUGAACCGCAUGCCUCUUUUCAUGACAACGCUCGACGAAACAGACGGCGAAGGCGGCCAAAACGACGCCUUAGAGGCGCUCAAGGCUCUCGCAUAUGAAGGCACAAAAGCAGAGGUCGCAGAGAAUUUCCGACAACAAGGAAAUGAAUGUGCCCGGGCGAAGCAGUGGACCAAUGCGAAAGAGUUCUACGACAAGGCGAUAGCCGCGUUGAAAGCGCCCAAGAAAGAGCCAGAUCCGAAGGAUGGCCCGCCUAUCGUUGAUGUUACCGAUAUCGAGAUCGACGAAGAGGAGGAGGCGAAGAAGGAAAAGGUCAUCGAGGAGGCUUGCUAUAUAAACCGAGCGCUGUGUAACCUGGAGAAAAAGAAUUACCGCUCUUGUAUCCAGGAUUGUGCAGCAACCCUCCGUCUCAACUCAUCCAACGUCAAAGCCUACUAUCGCUCUGCCACGGCUUGCUUAUCCCUCGACAAGAUCCCGGAAGCGGUCGAUGCAUGCAGCCUUGGCCUCGCAAUCGAUCCUUCCAAUGCCCCGCUCAAAACCCUCCAUACAAAGAUCUCAGCCCGCGAAACCCAUCUCGAAUCUAUCGAAAAGGCGCGUAGAGAGCGUAAGGCGAAAGUCGCAUCCGAGCGUGCAACUCUUUCACUAGCGCUCAAGAGUCGCGGCAUCAAGACAAGGAGUACAGAACAGGCCCCAAACCUGGAGGAUGCAGAGAUAAAACUCGAGGAUAAAAUGGACCCCAGUUCAAUACUGUCCUUUCCAGUCAUGUUGUUGUAUCCCACACAUGCUCAGUCAGACUUUGUCAAAGCAUUCGCUGAGUCAGAGACGCUCAAUCAGCAUCUAGAGUACAUCUUCCCGCUCCCAUGGGACCAGAAGCAGGAGUUCACGUUGAACGAUGUGGAGGCAUAUAUGGAGACGGUCGCGGGUGGACUCAUUAAGUUGGGGAAGAAAAUGACCCUCGGCAAGGUCCUGGGAAGCGGCAAGUGUGAGAUCAAGGAUGGGCUUGUUAACAUCAGCGUAAUCCCUAAGUCGAAGGCGACAGAAUGGAUAGAGGAGUUCAAGAAGAGGAGGGGAGCGAACUGACCCACCUUUGAUCGAAUAUAUAAACUGU